CCUACGGCCCUACCGGCCAGAGUUCUUCUCCACAGCCAGAGACGCCUUCUCCGUCCGGCCUCCGGCGUCCGUGCUCAAAGAACAGCUCUCUCUUCUCUCCUCCGACGAUUCGUGCCCGUCCUGGUGGGUGGUGGUAGACGGCCGGCGACGAGGUGAAGAUGCACUUCAGGUAGAUCAAGCUCCAAUCUGAUGGAUUCUGAUGAAAAGAAGUUUGGAAAAGGGCCUAGGGAGCUCACUGGUGCUGUUGAUUUAAUCAACCACUACAAACUGCUGCCGCACCAUGAUUUCUUUUGCAAGAAACCUUUGCCACCGGCAAUCUCAGAUACACAUUAUCUUCACAAUGUUGUGGGAGACACUGAAAUUCGCAAAGGAGAAGGGAUGGAGCUGGAUCAACUUGUUCAGAAUGCAUAUAUGAGGGAUAAGCCUGCUUUUAUUCAGCCCUUUGAUAUGGAAAUACUGGGGCAAGCAUUCCAGCUUCGAGAAACAGCUCCAGUAGAUUUGCCCUCUGCUGAAAAGGGUAUACCUACUAUUUCGGGUAAACCGAAAAGUGAGUCCAAGGACAAAGAGAAGAAACAUAAAAAGCACAAAGACAAAGACCGGGAUAAAGACAAGGAGCAUAAGAAGCAUAAACAUCGGCAUAAAGAUCGGAGUAAGGACAAAGAUAAAGACAAGGACAAGGAUAAGAAAAAGGAUAAAAGUGUGCAUCAUGAUUCUGCAGGCGAUCAUUCAAAGAAACAUCAUGAUAAGAAGAGGAAGCAUGAGGGAAAUGAGGAUUCGGCGGAUGUGCAUAAGCACAAGAAGAGCAAGCACAAGAGUUCCAAAACCGAUGAAAUGGGGAAUGGACUUAGCUAACUACACUUCCUAGUUCUAGUUGUCAAUCCUUGUAAUUUGCUGUUAAAAGGGAACUCCGAUGGUUCCUGUCAUAAAAACACUGUGCAGAAUACUGGUAUCAUGAACUGAACCUGUUUGAUAAGAACACCAUAAUGAGGCCGUCUUGCGGCGUCCAUUCUGAGGGAAAUUUGAAUUUGUUAAUAGGUGACUAAUCCAUUGUAGCAUUGUGACUCUGUUCCUCCCUGAAGAACAAGUGGAUGUAGGAACGCUUGAAAGGACUUGUGAUGAGAUUUUUUUUCCCGAUUGGUAGGGCUAAUGCACUCUUCAAAAUUAGGCUUCUGAUUGAACUCCAGAUGUAGCAUGAGUACAUUUGAGUAGUGGUGGACGGAGAUUGAGUGUGCGGUCCACAGAUAGUAGUUCAUAGCAUGGAAUGAAACCAUUUAUGUGUUAUUCGCGCCGAUCUUGAUUCGUAGAGAGUAGAAUGAUGAUUUUCUGUUUAACCAGUAGCUAAUGUUGGCCAUCAAGUGUGCUUCGGGCUGAUCUAAGUGGAAGAUGAGCCCAAUGCUCUUUUGUUUAACCGUGAAGAAGAUUUCAUUAAUGAUGAAUGUAUUGCAAAGUAUAGUUACUAGCUA